GAAAUGAGUGAUCAUUUACAGACGACAGCUGCAAUGGGACUCAUCAAAAGUCUCUUGAUGGCCAGUAAUAUUGCAUUUUGGGUUUCGGGCUUAGCAAUGUUGGCAUCAGGCAUCUGGGUUCAAAUUGCCCUUCAUCGUUACAUGGAAUUGUCUACAUACUAUACAAAUACAUUUCAAAUCAUUCUUGUUGGCACUGGUUUGCUCAUACUUUUUGUCGGAACAAUCGCCUGUUGUUGUACAGUUAAAGCACAAUCAUCGCUUCUUUACUUGUAUUCUGGUUUUCUGGCAGUUAUUUUGAUUGUAGAAUUAACUUUAGCCGUAAGCUUAUACACGUACAAAGAUCACUUAACGGGUGGUUUACGAAAGGGAUUGAAUCAGAGUCUUCACAAUUACGGGCCAGCUGCCGUUAUGCAAUCUGCAGAUUUUGAUGCUAUGCAAGAGAAUCUCGGAUGUUGUGGCAACACAGACUAUCGUGAUUGGUAUACAUUAUCUCCUCCACGACCAGUACCUCGUUCAUGCUGCCGAACACCGGGACCAGUACGAUGUGAUACACAAGAUGAGACACAAAUUUACAAUCAAGGAUGCUUUUUGAAAGUGACACAAUAUCUCGACAAAAAUAUUGGACGAAUAUCAUUUUCAACACUCGGAUUCGCCAUGUUUUCACUUGUCGGAUCAAUUCUAUCAAUUGCAUUAGCAAAGACAAUCAAUAAAGCAAAAUAUGAACAGAUGGCAUAAACUUCGCUCUUUAUCAUGUCCCUCAUUCAGGAUCCCAAUUUUAUUUGAUUUUUAUUACGCACCGUAGAGCUUUAAUUCGCACAUACUCGUUUAUUUUUUAAAGAAAUGUUUAGACAAAAAAAAAUUUGUUUUGAUUGUGAUUCUUCUAAAAUAUUAAAAUGGGACUGUUGAUGUUGCAAGGAAAAAAAUGAAGAUGUAUACAUUAUGGGAUAUCUCAAGUUUUGCUAUGAUAAUGCAUCACCCUUAAUGGGAUUUGAGAUUUCCUCGUUCUCGUUUUUUCUUGUGGAGGAAUUCAGAGUUGUUGGUUUGAAGAAGGGUUUGUUGUAGAGCUCGAAGUCGAUUUGAAAGAAAUAACACGCAAAAUCAAGUCAACUUGAGUCAAUUCAACUUAAUCCAUUUCACAUCAAAUCAUUUAAACUUGAGGAAUUUCAACUUGAGCCAAUUAAAUUGGAGCAAUUCAAACUUGGAUCAAGUUAUUUUCAUUCAAGCUAACUUGAGCCAAUUUAACUUGAGUCAAUCUCACUUGACACAAUUCAAGUUUUGAUUUAUUGGAAUUUUAACUUGAGCCAAUUCAACUGGAGCAGUUUCAACUUGGAUCAAGUUAUCUUCAUUCAAGCUAACUUGAGCCAAUUUAACUUGAGUCAAUCCCACUUGACACAGUUCAAGUUUUGAUUUAU